UUCUCUGGAUCUAUUGAUUCUCCCGCAUUGCCUACCUUCUCCUUCGCUUGUCACCAAAAGGGUUUCGGGGAAAAUCUGCAUUGUUUUUUUUUUUUUUUCCUUUCUUUAUGGGAUCUUUGUGUGGGAUUGGAUACGAGCUUCUUUUGUUUUUCUGAAUUUAUUUGAUUUGCUUGAGUGUAGAGAUUCCUGAAGCAAUCUCGAAUCUGUAAGCCACUUUUCACUCUUAUAUGUUCUGGUUAAGAAAUCUGAAAAAGGAUAUGAAAUUCACUUCAGAUUUCUCUGAAAAGGUAGUUUUUUCAUCGUUAGCUUACAUUAUCUUCAGUUUUACGAGUUUCCAGGAUCUGGGUGCUUGGUAUUGUUCUUUUGUAUGCCCCUCAAAACAUAAACUCUGUCCCUUUUCUUGGGUUGUCUAGUCUGGGGUUUCUGUUGUGAUCUUGAUUCUUAAUUCUGUUCCUUCAUAUCUGACUUUGGGUUGUGUCAAAGUUAAGCUUUUGUCUGAAAUUUUUCAUCUUUUGUGUAAACUGUUAAGUUUUUGUCGUGGUGAUGAGGAGUUGAAGUGAGUAAUUAUGGAGAGUGAUAAACGGUCUGUUUCGUUUCGGUUAAAUCGGAGAGGAGAAUCCAAUAAUCAAAACACACUAGCUAAAGAUGAGGAAGGUAGCUUUCUUUUUGCUGGAAGGUUGCCCCAAGAUUAUCCUAUGAAGAUUGUGUGGAAGAGGGGCUUUAUUCGCUUGGUUCUUGUUGCAGGCAUACUGUGGAUGCUUCUCAUUCUAAUUGUAUUGUUAUUUCAUGUCUGGUCCUGCCAGACUUCAUUCGCAUUCUUUUCAGCUUUGUGUAACAGAGAGGGUAAAGUAUUUGUUGCGUUAGACACAAUGGGGUUUGUACAAUCACAACACCGUUGUCCAAUUCCUGUUGCUAAUGACCCUGAUAGAGUAGUUAUUCCACAUGGAAGAACACCAGAUGAGAUUGUCAAAAAUUUAACCUAUAUUACAGAGGAUGAGUUUGCAAAUAAUGGAUCUCAGUCAUCCCCCCUAUUUGGAGGGCAUCAAAACUGGUCUGAAAGAGAAGAGAGUUUUAAAUUAAAACCUACAAUGGAGGUGCACUGUGGAUUUAUGAGAAAUGGUGGUGCUGAAAUGGAUCCUGCAGAUGUUGAAUAUGUAAAGAAGUGCCAGUUUGUUGUUGCAUCUGGAAUUUUUGACAAAUAUGAUGUACCUCAUCAGCCUUCAAAUAUAAGUGAUCGUUCCAAGAAGCUCUUCUGCUUUUUGAUGGUGUUGGAUGAAGUAUCUCUCAACUUCAUAAAGGAAAAUGUUACUACUAGGAAGGAUUCAGAUGGAGGACUAUGGGUUGGUGUAUGGCGUCUUAUUCUAUUGAAGCAUCAACCUUAUGACGAGCCUAGAAGGAAUGGAAAAGUUCCAAAAAUUUUAACUCACAGGCUAUUCCCUCAAGCACAAUACAGCAUCUGGAUAGAUGGUAAAAUGGAGCUGAUAGUCGAUCCAUUGCUAAUUCUUGAGAGAUACUUAUGGCGUGGGAAGCAUACCUAUGCCAUUGCUCAGCACAAAUUUCAUAAAAGUAUAUAUGAGGAGGCUGAUGCAAACAAGCGGAGGAAACGAUAUGCCAGACCUCUUAUUGACCUGCACAUGAAGAUAUACCGCUACGAGGGAAUGGAGCCAUGGAGUCUAAAGAAAAGCACAAUUAGUGAUGUGCCAGAGGGAGCCAUAAUCAUACGGGAGCAUACCCUACUGAAUAACCUGUUUAGUUGCCUGUGGUUCAAUGAGGUCCAUCUCUUCACACCAAGAGACCAGCUGAGUUUUGGCUAUGUUGUCUACAGGUUAGGUGGCUCGUUUAAGUUCCACAUGUUUCCAAAUUGCGAGUACAAUUCAUUGUUUGUCUUGCACCAACAUAAUCGGGAACAUUCCUCCAGAGUAGAGUGGGUGAAAAGUUUGAAUGAGUUUAAGGGUAAUGGUAGUAGUAUGAAAGAGAGCAAGGGUGGUUUUGGCUUGUGGACCCCCUAUCCUGGGAACCUUGAUUCAGUUGUCCUUCCAAAAGUAGUAAGGACUUCAAAAGCAGGCUGAGGUUCGUUACUGUGCAAUUUUGUCUUUCCUGUAAACUUAAAAGUACUAUUGAACGGUCGACCAGGCUUCUACUAGAAGGAAAAGGAAGAAACCUGAAUGCCUUUUAGUACUGAAGUAUGAGGAAUGUUAGGGGAUGAUGUAACUUCCAAUGUAAUAAUAAUAAAGAUUGGGAGCUCUCUUAAUGUUGAUUGAUUCUCCAAAAUCAUGGUUAUGAAUUGGUUUCGAUGAAUGGGAAUUCAUUUUGUUAAUUUUAUUUUUCUCCUAAAAAAAAGGGUAUUUCAAU